UUCUUCUCCUUCCAUGUUCCUCCCGUUUGGUUAGCGGAGGGAAAACAGAGAAGCCCUAUCCAAAAUCGACUCUCUGCAAAAACAAAAUCCCCUCCCGGAAUUGUUGGAGACGAAGGCGAGAGAGAACUUCCAGAAAAGCAAAGGGGAACAGAAAAAAGGUCAGAGGCAUGGGGGAGGAGAAGGAGAUGAAGGCACCCGGCCGGUCGAGGUUCAAAACGAUCUGCGUUUUCUGCGGGAGCAGCAUCGGCAAGAGGCGAUCGUAUGGGGAUGCUGCGCUUGAGCUCGGCCGAGAACUGGUUGCGCGGAGCUUGGAUCUUGUUUACGGCGGAGGGAGCGUUGGAUUGAUGGGAUUAGUUUCUCAGGAGGUCCAUGGCGGAGGCCGCCGUGUUCUCGGAGUCGUUCCCAAAAGUUUGAUGUACGAAGAGAUAAUUGGAGAGACGGUUGGGGAGGUCAAACUAGUAGCCGACAUGCACCAAAGGAAAGCCGAGAUGGCCCGCCAUUCUGACUGUUUCAUUGCCUUACCAGGUGGGUAUGGGACUUUGGAAGAGUUAUUGGAGGUGAUUACCUGGGCCCAGUUGGGCAUCCAGGACAAGCCGGUGGGUUUGCUAAACGUGGAAGGGUACUACAAUAACCUGCUCGCCUUCAUCGAUAAAGCCGUGGACGACGGGUUUAUCAAGCCGUGCGAGCGAAGCAUCGUCGUCUCUGCCACGAGUGCUCGGGAGUUGCUUCAGAAGCUCGAGGACUAUGUGCCCCUCCACAGUGCAGCGAUAGCGAAAGCGAGCUGGGAGGCUGAACAGGUUGAGUUGAACUCGGCCUUGCAGACCGAGAUCGCUCGAUAACAAUGAUGUCAGUUGAUCUCGAGCCUUGAAGAAGACAGAUCGACUUAUUUUUCUAAGCGAAUGAAUGCCAGAAAAUGAGAAAACUGUUUUCCACGAGACGAACGGAGCCUAGUUUUUCCUCUGGUAGUUUUUAGACCACCAAUUUGUGCUUGUCGGUUCUAAUUGGCAAGUAGGGUUAGCUUAUGUUUCUCCCUUUUCUUUGCUCUUUCUUUCUUUCCUUUUUUUUGGGUUUUUGCUGUUCUCCUAUCAUGUAUUUAAAUUUGGACCGCUUAAGCUAGUUGGUGACGAAAAUAGAAACAUGUUUAUAAUAAUACCCGUUUAAAUCGUA